UUGUCGGAGGCCUCCUGGUGUGAGCCCGGGUGGAACUGAACUGGGCUUCGGGCCGCGGCUGGCUUCCGGCGCCAUGGCUCAAAGGGCCUUCCCGAAUCCUUAUGCCGAUUAUAACAAAUCCCUGGCCGAAGGCUACUUUGAUUCUGCUGGGAGGCUGACCCCUGAGUUCUCACAGCGUUUGACCAACAAGAUUCGAGAGCUUCUUCAGCAAAUGGAGAGAGGCCUAAAAUCAGCAGACCCUCGGGAUGGCACCGGCUACACCGGCUGGGCAGGUAUUGCUAUGCUUUACUUACAUCUCUAUGAAGUGUUCGGGGACCCUGCCUACCUGCAGAUGGCACAUGGCUAUGUGAAGCAAAGCCUGAACUGUUUGAGCAAGCGUUCCAUCACCUUCCUGUGUGGGGAUGCAGGCCCCCUGUCAGUGGCCGCUGUGGUGUAUCACAAGAUGAACAGUGAGAAGCAGGCAGAGGAUUGCAUCACACGGCUGAUUCACCUGAAUAAGAUUGAUCCCCAUGUUCCAAAUGAAAUGCUUUAUGGACGAAUAGGCUACAUCUAUGCUCUUCUUUUCAUCAAUAAGAACUUUGGAGAGGAAAAGAUUCCUCAAAGCCAUAUUCAGCAGAUUUGUGAAACAAUUUUAACCUCUGGAGAAAAUCUAGCUAGAAAAAGAAACUUCACAGCAAAGUCUCCACUGAUGUAUGAGUGGUACCAGGAAUAUUACGUGGGGGCUGCUCAUGGCCUGGCAGGAAUUUAUUACUACCUGAUGCAGCCCAGCCUUCAAGUGAGCCAAAUGAAGUUACAUAGCUUGGUCAAGCCCAGCAUAGACUUUGUCUGCCAGCUGAAAUUCCCUUCCGGCAAUUACCCUCCGUGUGUGGAUGAUAACCGAGACCUGCUAGUCCACUGGUGCCAUGGUGCCCCUGGAGUAAUCUACAUGCUCAUCCAGGCCUAUAAGGUGUUCAGAGAAGAGCAGUAUCUUUGUGACGCCUAUAAGUGUGCUGAUGUGAUCUGGCAAUAUGGAUUGCUGAAGAAGGGAUACGGGCUAUGCCAUGGUGCCGCAGGGAAUGCCUAUGCCUUCCUGGCACUCUACAACCUUACACAGGAUAUGAAGUACCUGUACAGGGCCUGUAAGUUUGCUGAAUGGUGCUUAGAUUAUGGAGAUCAUGGAUGCAGGACACCAGACACCCCCUUCUCCCUCUUCGAAGGAAUGGCUGGAACAAUAUAUUUCCUAGCUGACCUGCUAGUCCCCAUGAAAGCCAAGUUCCCUGCAUUUGAACUGUAAAGAAAAGCAGGCCCCCCGCAACUUACAGCAUGACCCUCUGUGUACUCAAACCUGGGCUGAGUGCUUUCAUUGCUUUUCAAGGAAAUAUAGAAUCAAACUGAUGUAGUUGAUUUUUUUUUUUUUAGAAUUCAUCUUUGCUUCAGUUCCUUUUUUUAUUAUGUACUUUUAUUUAAAAGUAUGCAAAGAAGUCUUCUAACUUUAAGUUUCUCUAAAAGGAAGGAUGGGUAGUAAGUGCAAUAUUUUGAGGUCAUUUAAUGCAUUUCAGAACAUGGAGGAAAUCUUAUUAAGUGUAUGAAUAUAACCAUCUGCUACUGUUACAGAAAUGUCUAAAAGAAACUAAGUAUAGAUAAACAGAUAAUUACAUGGCUAUUAUUGAACAUUGCCCUCCAUGUCUUUGGUUUAAUAUUUUUCCUUCAAUGGAAGGGAAGUUUGAUGACUUGCUGUUCUUUGCAUGGUUGAUUGUGAAAGGGGACAAAAUUAUAACUAUGAUUCCAGAAGAAAAUCUACAAGAACAGGAAACUAGGCUUGGAACCUAAAUACCUUUUUUUCAAACUCCUGUUACCUAUGUGUACUGAAGAUAAACAUACCUUAAAAU